AUGUUGGCCGAAGAUGAAGAUGCAUUCACAGCCUGUUUCAGUACAAACAAAGAAACACUACUCCACAGAGCAGUUGGGAGAGGUAAAUCAAUUAUUUUUGUGGAGAAGUUGAUAGAACUAAUGCCAAGGGAGGCACUUGCUCUACAAAAUGGACAAGGCGAGACAGCCCUCAGCGUCACAGCGAGGUCUGGCAACACUAAAGCUGCAAUGAUAUUGGUGGACAAAAACCCAUCUUUGCUUCAAAUGAAGACCACCCAGGACGGGGCUCUGGAUUUGAUUCAACGCCACCCUAACUUGGCUACAUUCAUGAAACUUGAUAAUGGUGAAUAUCCUCUGAAAGCAAUUGCUAGAAAGCAAUCUGCAUUCCCAUGUGUUCCUAUGAAGUUGGAGAACUAUCCUAACAACCCAAAUGCUGGUGACAUUGAGAAUCCAGCAGACAACUGCCAAGUUCUUACGCAGAUGAGUGGCAGAAAAAACUUCUUCAUCUCUGUACCGCAUAUCAAGCACAUCCGAGAGAAAAAGUUGAGGCAUCAUCAAGCUCUUGAACUUGUCAAAUGCUUGUGCAAAGGAUACUAUUCAUUCGGUGAUUACAAUGUUGUCUGGGAAUUCGUCACAAGUUCAUUCCCUGAGGCAGCAAGGCUGGGUAUUCAUGAGGUUUUACAAGAACUUGUGGGCACAAAUCCCAAUUCAGUUUGGUCCUGUGAUGCAAAUCAACGUUACACAUUUCAAAUUGCAGUUAUAAACCGUAAUGAAAAUGUUUUCAACCUCAUUUAUCAUAUUGGUGGGCAAAAGCAGUACAUAACACAAUUUAGAGACAAAUCCAAUAACACUAUAUUGCACUUGGCUGGAAAGUUGGCACCUCCACAUAAACUCAAUCUUGUUUCUGGUGCAGCUUUGCAGAUGCAGCGUGAAUUACAAUGGUUUAAGGAAGUGGAGAAGUUUGUAAUCCCUGCCUACAUCGAAAGAGAAAACAGCGCUAAAAAAACUCCAGCAAUGAUAUUUAGUGAAGAACACAAGAACUUGGUAAUAGAAGGAGAGAAAUGGACGAAAGACACAGCAAAUUCAUGCACAAUUGCAGCAGCACUCAUUGCCACUAUAGUAUUUGCAGCGGCUAUUAGUGGACCAGGCGGCAACAAUGCAGAUGGCUUCCCAAUUUUUUCUAAAAAUAUUGGCUCCAUCCUCACAUCACGCUAUGCAGAACUGGAUUUUCUCUAUAGUCUACGAAAAAGUUUGAUAAUCGGUCUUGUUACCUUGUUCCUCUCAAUAACAUGGAUGAUGAUAAUCUUCAGUGCCACGCUCUAUCUUGUGUUUGGCCACAAAAAAGGAUGGAUUCUUAUUCCAGGGGCUGCAUUAGCCUGA